AUGAAUCGUUUAGAUUCCCUUGACCUUGAAUCUGCCAAAGUAAAAGCUAAAGAUGGUAAUGCUAUUAAGGAUGCAAGUUGGGGAGUGAUAUUAACUUUGGCGUUUCAAAGUAUCGGAGUAGUGUUUGGAGAUCUCGGAACAUCACCACUUUACGUGUAUUCAAGUACCUUUCCGCAAGGGAUUAAGCACAGAGAUGACAUAGUAGGAGUUCUUUCUCUCAUCUACUACACACUUACCUUACUGCCCGUAAUUAAGUAUGUUUUCAUCGUCUUGAAAGCAAAUGACAAUGGCAAUGGUGGAACUUUUGCAUUGUAUUCUCUAUUAUGCCGAAAUGUGAAGGUUGGUUUAAUACCAAAUCAACAAAAGGAAGAUCGAGAAGUUGCAAAUUAUGAAAAUAAUUCAAGAAAAAAUGGAGGUGGAGGUUCAUAUAAGUUUCAAUCCACUUUAGAAAACAGCCCAUUUGCCAAAUAUAUUCUCUUAUUUGCUACUAUACUUGCUGUUUCACUUGUCAUUGGAGAUGGUAUUCUUACGCCUUGCAUGUCAGUAUUAUCUGCUACAGCGGGAAUUAAAGGAGCUUCAUCAUCUUUAACUGAUGAUAUGGUGAUUGGGAUAUCUAUUGUAAUCUUAAUAUUCCUCUUUGCUGUGCAAAGAUUUGGAACUGAUAAAGUUGGAUACACUUUCGCUCCCAUACUUUGCAUCUGGUUCGUAUUCAAUGCUGUUAUUGGCAUCUACAACUUUGUAAAAUAUGAUCCUACAGUCAUCAGAGCUGUAAAUCCAUGGCAAAUCAUUCAAUACUUCAAGAGAAAUGGUAAAGAAGGUUGGGCCUCUCUAGGUGGUAUUAUCCUCUGCAUCACUGGAACUGAAGCAUUAUUUGCUGAUCUUGGGCAUUUUUCAGUUCGAUCAAUUCAAAUAAGCAUGUCUAUGGUGGUAUACCCUGCUAUUCUCUUGCAGUAUUCUGGUCAGGCAUCUUACCUUAGCCAAAAUCCAUUGGAUGUUAGUGAUGCUUUCUACAAAGCAGUACCAGGUCCAAUAUACUGGCCAAUGUUUGUUGUGGCUGUCUUAGCCGCAAUCAUAGCUAGCCAAGCAAUGAUUUCGGGGACUUUUUCUAUCAUCCAUCAAUCUCUGGCCCUUGGUUGUUUUCCUCGCGUCAAAGUAGUUCAUACAUCAGCUAAAUAUGAAGGGCAAGUAUACAUACCCGAACUCAACUUUUUCCUUAUGAUUGCUUGUGUGUUUGUCACACUUGGAUUCGGCACAGGUGCAAAGCUUGGCAAUGCUUAUGGUAUUGCAGUUGUCUUUGCCGAGACUAUCACAUCAUCGUUCAUGAUUCUUGUUAUGAUACUUAUAUGGAAGAAGCACAUAUUACUUGUCCUUUUGUAUGUGAUAUGCAUUCUGUCAGUCGAGUUGGUUUACUUGAGUGCAGCAUUCUACAAGUUCACUCAUGGUGGAUAUCUUCCUCUAGCAUUUGCUUGUAUUCUGAUGACCAUAAUGUUCAUCUGGAAUUAUGCCUACAGGAAGACUUACUAUUACGAGCUCAAUAACAAAGUUUCGACUGAUAAACUUAAAGAGAUAGUUAGUCGGUCUAACCUGUGUCGUGUUCCAGGGCUAGCCAUCUUCUACUCAGAACUCGUCCAUGGCAUCCCACCCAUCUUCGAAAACUAUGUGGCGAAUGUCAAUGCCUUCCACUCCAUCCUUGUUUUUACAUCUAUCAAGUCAUUGCCUAUUAGCAAGGUGCCACCAGAGGAGCGGUUUCUAUUCCGAAGGGUUGAUCUGAAUGCACUUGUGUUUCGAUGUGUGGUUAGAUAUGGUUACACGGAUCUACUUGAUGAAAAGGAAGGCUUUGAGAGGAUAUUGAUCGAAAGGUUGGUGGAGUUCAUCAAGAGAAAUAAGAGUACAAGCCACAUAGAGCGCAACGAGGAGUCGAGAGAUGAUGAUGAAAUACAUAGUGACAAUGAUGAGGGUGGAAUUCAAACGAAAGAAGUAGAAAUGGUUGAAAAUGCAGCAAAACUUGGGGUUGUGCACAUGAUGGCUGAGAGUGAAGUGAUUGCAAGAAAGGAUUCAAAUGUGGUAAAGAAACUUGCUAUCAACUAUAUGUAUUGGUUCUUGAAGAGGAAUGUGAGGCAAAAUGAUGAAAUCUUUGAUGUUCCUCGUACUAGGUUACUAAAAGUGGGGAUGACAUACGAGCUUUAG